CACGAGGAAUUUUUACAGGCCCAAGAAUUUGUCGUAACCCCGUAAAUCAUUUCUAUGAGCUGAACUUGGAGAAGUCGUGGAGGAAAGAUUGUGAACAGAGAUGUAUUAGAUUUGCUAUUAGAGAUCAUCAGGGGGUUUUAAGAGGAAAGGUAUAAAGGAAGAGCUGAAAACAAAGAGAAGCAGAUAUCGCUCCCCACGCAUCCAACAAUCGCUAACGAAAGGGUUAGGGUAGCUGCAGUUGCUCCUUCUGAGUUGGAGGAAACAACCCAUCAUUCUGAGGCUGGGGAAUUGGAUCGGGUUUCCUCAUAUAGCACCACACCACCAGCACCACCACCGUGUUUGAUUCCUGUUCCGACAGAGAUAAACAACAUCAAGAAGAAUGUCUGCGUGUGUAUCUGUGUCCCCCUCCUCAAACCAGCAGGAUCACGUCCGUUCUUCUUCUUCACACCAUUCGCAAGCUCGAGAUUUUGGAAUCUGAACCAACAAGAGAAUUUUGCAGACGACAGGAUAUAAUUUUCUGUGAAGCAGAGAACUAAGUAGAUAGAAAGCGAGAAGAUGUUCUUCCACAUAGUGUUGGAGCGGAACAUGCAGCUCCAUCCUCGCCACUUUGGCCCUAAUCUUCGCGACAAGCUCGUUGCUAAGCUUAUGAAAGAUGUUGAGGGAACAUGCAGCGGGCGUCACGGAUUUGUGGUGGCAAUAACUGGGGUGGAUAGCAUCGGAAAAGGGAUGAUUCGUGAUGGAACGGGCUUCGUGACAUUUCCCGUCAAGUAUCAGUGUGUCGUCUUCAGACCUUUCAAGGGUGAGAUUUUGGAAACCGUUGUUACCAUGGUUAAUAAGAUGGGAUUUUUCGCUGAAGCUGGUCCUGUUCAGAUCUUUGUAUCAAAUCAUUUGAUACCGGAUGAUAUGGAGUUCCAGUCUGGAGACGUGCCCAAUUAUACGACUUCAGAUGGAUCAGUUAAGAUUCAAAAGGAUAGUGAGGUGCGGUUAAAGAUAAUUGGUACUCGUGUUGAUGCUACAGAAAUUUUCUGCAUUGGUACGAUAAAGGAUGAUUUCUUGGGUGUCAUCAAUGAUCCUGGUGCAUCAGCUUAGUGAAAUUGAAUGUUGAGGAAUUUACAUUGCGAAGGAAAAGAAUGUGUAUCCAACAAUGGCUAUGGUUAUAUCCAUGUUUAUGACUGCGGUUGUUGCGUUCAUUUUGAAUUUAUAGAUCUCUCAAGGCCCAGUGAGAAUAUUUGGGAGAGAGAAGCAUUUAAAUUUUUUUAGUUUGUAGCAAUAUUAACAGCAUAAUCAUUUAAAUAUUUAUAUAUAAUUAAGGUCUCAAAUUCUCUGGGCUAAAGAGAUAUGAAUUUACCAGAGAUA